AUGACAGGAGACAGCGUUAACAAUGGACCACGUCUUCAAGCCGCAAAUAUCGGCAUCGCCAUCAGGUCUAGCAGUGACAUCGCCAUCAAAGCCACAAACAUGGUGCUUCUAGAUUCAUUCUCGAGUAUCGGGAAGGCAUUACAAUUGAACGCAUACGGCUUCAUUGGCAUACUCGAAACAACUUUCUCGUGUGAUUCAAUCCAAUUUAUCUUCAAUGCCACACCCGUCGCCUACGUCAGCUUCGUGCCUAACCUGUCAAACCCAGUGCCCAACCCCAUGCCAGUGAUCAUGCCCAUAGUCGCCUGCAUUGGCAAAUUUAGGGACAAUGAUGCCCUAUGCUGCUACAUGCAUGGCUAUGUCUUAGCGUGCAUUUUAAGGGUGCCAGACCACUGCAGCGGCGGAUGGGGGGGCGAGGGUGUGCUAGUCUACAUCGCUGCGACCUACAACUACUGCUUGGCGGUGCUCCACAGGCAUGCUGAGCUGCGAGACCCUGUGGCUGACCAGGACAAGAGCCUGUGGGUCAUGGAGCUUAUCAUUAACGGCAUCGUGUUGCGGCGGUGGGAGAACAUGCGCAUCCUGCUUGACAACACUGAGAUUGCGUCCAUAAUGCAAAGGGAUCUAUUUUACUGA